GAGCUGCGGGUCCGGGCGCCGUGCGAGCUUCCUGAAGCGCUUUGUGGUCUUUUGAAGCGUUUUGACAUCUCUGAAGGGCUUUGUAUUCCAAACUCAAUCGAGACGCUUUGUAGUCCCGGAAGCGCUUUGACAUCUCCGAAGUAGCGCUGUGCAAUCUGAAGCGCUUGGUAAUCUCGGAAGCACGUUGUGGGCUUGGAAACCAAACCGAAGCCUUUCGUAAAUCUUGGAUCCUUUCGACCUCUCCGAAUCGCUUUGGCAUCUCUGGAACCCUGAGAACUGUGAUGGGCAGUGCGAAGAAGGGGGAAAGGGUCCCAUGGCGUCGGAGCGGCGCAAGGUCAAGUACCACUGGAGCAGCACUUCGGAAGGGUGUCCCAGCAAACGCAGCUGCCUCCGGGAGCCCAAUGAUGUGGCCCCCUCCAGUCGGCCAGCUCUCAGCUCUGCGUCGCGUUCAGGAGGGGCUAGCAGCCCCAAGCGCCUGAAAGCCAAGAAGGAGGACGAUGUGGCCUGCACGCAGAGGUUGUCCUGGGGCUCAUCCUGCCGCGGAUAUUCCUCCUACUCCUCGCGUUCCUCAGGCCCAGGUGUGGGCGGGGCCCCGUACGAAGGCUGUCUGAUUCGGAGUACUGAGGGCUUUCUUUCCUCCGUGGGAUCCCCUCUGCGCUCUGGCAGCCCUUCCCUAGAAGAAAUGGCUUCUCUAGAGGAGGAAGCCUGCAGCCUUAAGGUUGAUUCUAAGGAUAGUUCUCGUACCCUCAAAAACUCUGAAUUUGCAGCUGAAGCUGAGGGUCAAAAUGAUAGGACUGAGGAAACAAACAAGGUCCAGAAAAGGAGGAGGGAGAGGCUUCGAGACCAGGGCUCUACAAUGAUCUACCUGAAGGCUAUCCAGGGCAUCCUGGGGAAAUCGAUGCCAAAAAGGAAGGGUGAGGCUGCCACUAGAGCAAAACCAAGCACAGGAGAACAUCCUACCCGAGGAAGAGGGCCAUCCAGGAGUGUCAUGGUCUCUGCUCCUCAGAAAGAGAAAGAGCCAGCCCCAGAGGUCAGAGCGGAGGAGGACAUGACUGUAGUGGAGAGGAGUAGCUUCUGUGACAGGAGAGUGGUUGUGGACCCUCAGGAGAAACCCAGCAAGGAGCCACUUGGUGACCGAAGGACAGUCGUUGAUAAAAGCUCUCCCCCACUAGAAUUUUUGGAUGAAUACGACUCCCAUUCAGAAACCCAGAAGCAGAAAGAAAGGGAAGUGGUGCUAGAGCACCUCUCUUCAGGAAGUGAUUGGUCAGAUGUUGAUGAGAUCUCCACAGUCAGAUUCUCUCAGGAGGAACCGGUCUCACUGCACCUCUCCGGAGUACCAGAGCCUUCGACCUUCACUACUGACUAUGUCAUGUACCCGCCUCAUUUGUACAGUAGUCCUUGGUGUGACUAUGCCAGCUAUUGGACCAGCAGUCCCAAGCCUUCCAGCUACCCCUCCAUGGGCAGCAGCAGCAAUGACACAUCCCAGGCUGGGAGGAGCAGCCGGAGCCUUCUGAGUGAUUAUUCCCCCAACUCUACAGUGAGCUCCCAGAACACCUCCAGAGACCUGGAGGUGACAGAGGAAGGCAGAUCCCGGAAUUCGCGUUCAUUUCAUUUCUCCAGAAGUUUGGAAGAUGAAGAGAUGAAGGAGAAACGAACAUUCCAAGAAGAGACGCCACCGCGUCCCUGUGGAGAAUACACAUCUAGCUCCUUGCCAAGGAGCCACUGGGAGCCAAGCCUCGAAGAGGGCUUCAUUGACACCCAUUGCCACUUGGACAUGCUCUACUCCAAGUUGUCUUUCAAAGGGACCUUUACCAAGUUCAGAAAAAUUUAUAGCAGCUCCUUCCCGAAGGAGUUUCAGGGCUGCAUCUCUGACUUCUGUGAUCCUCGGACACUCACGGAUUGUCUGUGGGAGGAGCUGCUGAAAGAGGAUCUGGUUUGGGGAGCCUUUGGCUGUCACCCCCAUUUUGCACGUUACUACAGUGAGAGUCAAGAAAGAAAUCUUUUGCAAGCCUUAAGGCACCCCAAGGCUGUGGCAUUUGGGGAGAUGGGCUUGGAUUACUCUUAUAAGUGCACCACACCUGUCCCAGAACAGCACAAGGUGUUUGAGAGACAGCUGCAGCUGGCCGUGUCUCUAAAGAAGCCCUUGGUGAUCCACUGCCGAGAAGCUGAUGAAGAUCUGUUGGACAUCAUGAAAAAAUUUGUGCCCUCUGACUACAAGAUCCAUAGGCAUUGCUUCACUGGCAGCUACCCAGUCAUCGAGCCCCUGUUGAAGUACUUUCCCAACAUGUCUGUGGGCUUCACGGCAGUCCUGACUUACUCUUCUGCCUGGGAAGCCCGGGAGGCUCUGAGACAGAUCCCGCUGGAGAGAAUCAUCGUGGAAACUGAUGCUCCCUACUUCCUCCCUCGUCAGGUUCCAAAAAGCCUUUGCCAGUACGCCCACCCGGGCCUGGCCUUGCACACCGUUCGAGAGAUUGCCAGGGUCAAAGACCAGCCGCUAUCCCACACCUUGGCCACCUUGCGUGAGAACACCAGUCGCCUCUACAAUCUUUAAAGAGAGAGGGUGCAGUCAGGAGUCUCUCGGAAAAGGGAGACCAGCAGCCUGACAGAACACAGGCUGGGUUUGAACUCUGCCUUGUGUCCAGGUCAAGGAUGUGUUUGGAGAGCCCAUUGGAACGGAGAAAACCAGGACAGGACGUUUUCCUCAAAACCUCUUCAUAAGGCUUCUGCUUCUGGCUGGUGGGGUGGGUGAGGGAUAAGGGGAACUGCCCUUGAUGUCAUCAGGGUUUUGCCUUCUAGCGAAAAUGCUCCAGGGUAGUCAGUGAAGAAGAAAGAGUCCAGUACAAAUAUACAACAAGUUUGCCAAUCUAAAUCCCUGUUCUCUGCAACCUUUGUGUUUGAGCAGUCUGUGAAUAAAGUCACCCUCCUACUUAUCCAAGCACAUGUGGGUGUGUAACUC